UUUUUUUCCGAUUCCGAUUCGAUUCCAUAGAGCGCCGUCGACGCUCCGGCUCGCAGGACGUCGCUGCCUCAGUCGCCGCCAUUUGCCGCCAUUUGCUCUCUUCGACCGCGCGGGGGCGCCACUCGCCACAGAAGCAGCAGCAGCACCACCAGCAGCAGCAGCAGCAGUCGCCAAAAAGGACAUUCGCUUGCUCCACCACACCACUCGGCUUUCGAGUUUGUCGCCUCUCGGUUUCGGACUCGUUUCGCUUCCAGCCCCGAGAUUCCGAUUCGAUUCCCGAUUCCGAUUUCGAUUCAUCAGUUCAUAGUUUCAGUCGGCGAGCCAAAAAGCAGCCUGCCAGUCGAGAGCGCCUUUCCCAGAACUCGCAGCCUGAGCCUGAGAGUCCCAGGAAUCCCACAAAGAUUUGCCAGUCUUUGCCACUUAAAGUCUAACGGUAUCGCAGUGCGUUUUUAUUACCGCCGCCCCCGCAACAUAAAUACACACAUUCGUACGUAUGUAUUUGGGCACACGGACACGCAGUGGUGUGCGUGCGGGGGGCGGGGGCAUGCGUGCGUGUUUGUGUGUGUGUGUGGGCUGAGCGGUCGCGCGUGUUUAAUUAAUCAUAAAAUCUACGUCGGAAACCGCGAAACUAAAAAGUAACUCGCCAAAAACCCAAAAACAACAACCAAGCCAAAAAUUAAAAACAAACAAAUAAUAAUAAAAGAGAAGGAGAAGGAGCGUGUGGGAGGGGGACGGCAAGAGGGGGCCAAUGUGCAAUAAACUCGAUUUUGGAAUAAACUCAAUCCUGUGCAAAAACUAAUGCUCCGCUUUGCCGACGGCAUCUGUGAGAUAAUUUACGCAAUCCAAAAGAUGCUAUCUAAAGGAUAGCCAAAAUCAGAAGGAAAAGGAGCAAGAAGCGACGAAAAUCAAGGUGCAGUCCAUGUUCAGACUUCAGCGGCAAUUGGGAUCAGGAGGUGAGCGCUUCCGAUCGAGAGGAUAAUGUGUUCAAUAUUUCGCAACCGCAUCAAUUACCGUGGAACUGGUGGCACCAGGAGCGGCAGCGGGGAGCGGGAGAGGGACCGGGAUCGGGACAGGGAUCGUGAUCGAGAUCGGGAAAGGGACAGAGACACCCUGCUGGCCAAGGAACUGGAUGCGGAUAGCAAUAACAAUGGUACCGAGCCGCAAAUGGAGGCGGAAGCAGUCCCGGAAUCCGAUACGGAAAGAGAAACGGCCGAGGAGCGCGGCGAGGAACAGGAGCCGGAGAACAGCAACGAGGCACUGGAUCUCUCGCUGAUCUCGUCCGGCGGUCGGGAAUCACUGCCGGGCAGUGGUCACGUGUCGCUGGAGGCUCUACAACAUACCAAAGUGGCGGUGGCCCAGUUUGCGGCCACUGCGAUGGCGGGAAACCACCAGUCCGCCGAUCUGGCCAUGGUGCAGUCCACCAUCUUUAAUGUGCAGCGGCAGCAUCUGAUGCAGCUACAGCUCAUCCAACACCUGCAGAGUCAAUUGAAAAGGGCCGAGGCAGCCGCCUUGGGCAGGCACUCUCACAGCGAUGAGGAGGAGGAAGAGCCGGAGCCAGAGCCGGAACCUAAGAAGCAGCCCACCAAUGGCCUGAAGGAGGAGUUGGAGCUGGAGCAGGGUCCGGAGUCAGAGCAUGAUCAGGAGUCGCGGCGGGAGGAGAAUUCAAAGACUGACAAGAGGGGAACUGAGGACAGAAAGGCAGAGCCAGAGGGUUACCAAUCCAUGAUGUGCGACAUUAGCUCGAGUCUGGCAUCGAGCAUCAUUACCAACCACGAUCCCCCGCCAGCCCCCAACGAGCCCAACUGCCUGGAGAUGUUGCAACGGAGAACGGAGGAGGUCCUCGACUCCGCAUCACAGAGCUUACACGCUGCUCAGAUGCAAGAGGAAUACUCGGAGUAUGCCUCCAAAGAGGCUCAAAGUCGCGGUGAGAUCUUUAAGCAUCGCUGCAAGUACUGCGGCAAGAUCUUUGGCAGCUACUCGGCCCUGCAGAUACAUCUGAGAUCACAUACCGGUGAACGUCCAUUCGUUUGUAAUGUUUGCGGAAGUAAAUUCACCACGAAAGGCAAUCUGAAGGUUCACUACCAGCGGCAUACGCAGAUCUUUCCGCCAAUGCUGCUGCCACCAGGAGUGGCGCCCAGCGUGGGUCAUUCGGGUCAGGGGCAAGUCCAGGGCGAGCAGUAUCCCAUUCGCCUGCCUUUUGCGCCACCAGUAACCCCUGUGGGUCAAGAGCAGCAUCAGAAUCAAGUUGAGGAGCCGGAGGAGAUUAGACAGGAGAUUCCAGUUCCGCAGGCAGAAGAUCUCAGCAAGCCAAUGGUUAAGGAAAAGGAGAAGUCCCACUCUCCCGUGGAGCGUGUCAAGACUCCCAAAGAAGUCAAGACAGAUGCACCACUGCCGUCAUCAGAGAAGCCUGAAAAAGAGGUCUCUAAGCCGGUGGUGACCUCGUCACGACGAAAUGGAUCUGUGCGGAAGCGACAAACAAGUGCUGUAAGCCCGCCGCAAGAGGAUAGGGAACGGGAUCUUGUCGAGCACUUGCACAUAGCCAAGCUGGUGAGACGCUCCUCUGCCAGCAAAGAAUCACAGCCGGCGGAAUACUCUCUCGCGCAAAUGGAGCGCAUUAUCGACAAGUCAUGGGAGGAUCUGAUUGAGAUCGACAAGACUUCGGAGACCUCGAAGCUGCAACAGUUGGUGGACAACAUCGAGAACAAGCUGACCGAUCCUAACCAGUGCAUCUUCUGCCAGAAGGUCAUGUCCUGUCGCAGUUCCCUGCAAAUGCAUAUUCGCACCCACACCGGAGAGCGUCCGUUCCGUUGCAAGAUCUGCGGCAGGGCUUUCGCCACGAAGGGCAAUCUUAAAGCCCACAUGAGCAUACACAAGAUCAAGCCGCCGAUGAGGAGUCAGUUCAAGUGUCCGGUGUGCCAUCAGAAGUUCUCCAACGGCAUCAUCCUGCAGCAGCACAUUCGCAUCCACACAAUGGACGAUGGCAGCGGUGGUCAAGGAGCCCCUCCCGGCAAUCCUGGCGAGGCUGAACGGCUGGGUAUCGAAGAUCAAAACUCGAACAAGUCCCUGGGCACUUCGGAUACAUUGGAUUUCUCCACCACCAUAUCGGAUCACUCGGGUCAAAGAUCUGAGUCCUCGCAGGGCGGAGAUUUUGAUGAGUUUAUGACCAUGGACAGCACGGAUGACUCCAGGGAUAACUCAAGUGCAGCCACAGCCACGCCUCAUCCUCUAGAAAGAGAGAGGGAUAGGGAGAAGGAGCGGGAGCGGGAGAGAAGGUUCCCCAACGAUGGCUCUGAUGAGAGAUCCCACUCAAAUCCUGAUUUAACUGGAGGCCGCAGCGAGAGUGGUGAAAUGCCCGCCAUGGAUCUCUCUUCACCCUCUUCCAACUCGGGUCGUAUCUUCGCAGCUGGACUGGCUAACGGAGCUGCUGGUGGAGGAUCUGGAAAUGGUGGUCUUCCCAUGCUCGGAAUGCCCAUGCCUCCAAAUCUUCUGCUCAUGGCAGCUGCUCGCGAAGAAAUGCACGCUCUAGGUCACGCUCACGCCAAAUUUCCCCUGCUGCCCUUUGGUCCACUUGGAUUUAUGGGUCUGCACCCGCCCCCCAAUGUGUGCAAUCUCUGCUUUAAGAUGCUGCCCAGUUUGGCCGCCUUGGAGAGUCAUUUGCAGAGCGAACAUGCCAAAGAACCGGCGACGGGCCACGCCCACCGCCCACAAUGCAGCGAUGCUGGAUCGCCGUAUGGAGCAAAGCUCACUCUCAAUCCAAAUCUGUUCGCAAAGAAGCCGCCUUCGUCUUCGUCCUCCUCGUCGUUGGGUGAAAAGUUGCCGGAGUCAUCCAAUCCGCCCUUUCCCGCUGAAAAUCCCCCAGCAACGCCCAUCAAAGAGGAUCCCGAUCAGGAGCAGUUGAUGGUGGAGGAGGGUGCUUUGGCUGGAGAAGGAUCUGGCACCGGAGCCACCUCGAAUUAUCCCCAGGAGGCCGGUGAUGCCGAGCAGUCGCUGAUGAAGAUGCAGCUCCAUGCCCAUCGUUUUCCUGCCAGUCCCCUUGACUUUCAGCAGGCUCUGAUGUCCGCAGGUCCUCCGACCUCUAGUUUGGAUCCGCCGGUGAAUAACAAGCACUUUUGCCACGUCUGCCGCAGGAACUUCAGUUCGAGUUCCGCUCUCCAGAUCCACAUGCGCACCCAUACGGGCGACAAGCCCUUCCAGUGCAAUGUGUGCCAGAAGGCUUUCACCACCAAGGGGAAUCUUAAGGUUCAUAUGGGCACUCACAUGUGGACGAAUCCGACUUCGCGGCGGGGUCGUCGAAUGUCCUUGGAGCUACCCAUGCGACCUGGUCCAAACUCGGGCCAAGGUCAUCCUGGAUCCAGUGCAGAGCAGGAGUUCAUGCAGAGACGACCGGAGCUCUUUUUUCCCUACCUGCCACCUUUCUUUAAUGGUUUGCCACCAAAGCCUGGGGAACUCAGUCCCGGCGCCUUUCCCAAUAUACCCCCGCCUCCCUUCGCCAACGGCGGGAAAUAUCCGUAUCCGCCCGGACUCCUCGGCUUCCCAGGCUUCUUGGCCCAGCAUCCUUACGGUCUAGAGCGGAGGAGCAGCAGCAAGUCACCCACGCCCGAGCCAGCUCAGAGUCCUGCCCUGCGGGAGGAGGAGGGGUCCGGCAAUAUCUGGCAUCCACUGAGUCGCAUCAAGGUGGAGAACAAUCAAAACGAGUCCAUGGGUGGCUUCAACGAGCAGGAGGAUCAGGCUGAGACGGAGGCCACUGGAGGGGACAAGGACGAAUCGGAGUCCAGGGAUGCGGAGAAGUAACUUGGAUGAUGAGGAGCUGAUGAGAUCUUAGUCUUGGAACACACAUGGUUUUUGUGGAGUACAUAUCUUGAGCAUUACCCUACGCUAAGCUUUUACUAGCACUGACACAAACUCAAACACCACCACCCACACACUUAUACGAAUAUAUCCUUUGUGUCUAUACAUAUAUAUAUACAUAGUACGGUUAAUUGAUAGCGAUCUUCAAGGCAUUUAAAUGCAUUAAGUUUAGCCGGUAAGUUGUAAAAAUAGCAGAUCGAGGAACGAACUUGGCUGGAGAAGUAUCUUCAACCGGAUCAGGCAGGCUGCAAGGUCGGAACUUAACUAAUUUUAUGGCUAUACUUAGAUAUAUUUAACUACAUAUACCGAUAAAUACACGUAAUGUAAACUGUGGUAGUUGCAUAUAAAAAAUUGAAAUCGAAGCCCGAAAAAAAAAACACCGCGACAAAAAUGAUCAAAAAUAAAGCCGGCAUGCGAAA